GUUGCAGAAAAUCCUCGUGUUUCAAUUCAGUCCCGAGCAAGGUGCUCCCACCAAUUGGCAAGAGAUCCCACCCCUGAUAGCCAAUCAACCGCUUCCGGAGGACAGCUUUUCUGUCAUACCAGCUGCGUUGUGGAUCUUCAGAGAUCGGGAUUGGCAAGAGGACCCGGAGCUUGAGUACUUUGAUGACCAAGAUCGAGCACAUCCUUUGGCGAGAGUACUGCAAGGAAGCAUGACAAUCCUCCCAGCGGUAGGAGACGUCAUUGCAAUGUUUGAGUUUCUUGAGUACGCCACAGGUGUGAGGUGGUUUAUGGUUCUUCGAAGGGUUUCGGUAGGCACGGAUGGGCCUGCCAAUGCCAGGGACGACGAUGAGCUGAGAGAUCUCAAUAGGGAUUCCGAAACAGAUGACGAUGACGAGGGACCUGAGAAUCCAGGCUCAAGUUCCCUCCACCAGUUCACCAUCCACGGCUUCGGCAGCCGUUCAAUCACAACCUUGGGCUUCGCAAUGUUUCAGAGGGACUUCGCAGCAACGGCAAGGUCUAUCGAGUUCCGCCAGCGCCAAUGCGACUUCUCACACGAAGCGUCCCAGAAGGUGGUUUGGACAGUCAAACCACCUGAAGCUGGAAGUGACUCCUUCUUCAAACGCAAGGCGCACAUUGUCGCAUGCGGCAACUUUGAGGCCGCUACUGACGAACAGGUCUUUGCAUCGGGAACUACGGUAGAGGUCCUUAGGUUGAGCUUGACUUCUUGUGCCCAACGCCGUUGGUCAGCUGGCGCGGCUGACAUUCGAACAGCCUUUUUGUUGGCACCGGUGCCAACCGGUGUAAAUCAUGCCGUAUAUCCACCCGCCAUUCUCCAGACGCUGGAGAUAACAUCCGAGGGAGAGGUAUGGCAAGUUUGUAAAGCACUCUAUGGUUUUCGCGAAUCACCGCGAUAUUGGUGCGACUACCGCAACCAGGUUUUACAAGCCUUUGAAUUUGCUUACCAGGGAGAGACCUACAAGCUGCGGCAAGGACGUUUGGAGUCCAACUUGUGGAUUGUCUAUCGCAAGGAUCAGCCGGAAUCCUCCUUGGAGGGCUACGUGCUGGUCUAUGUGGACGAUUUGCUGUUCAUGGCACCACAAUCUUUAGCAACAACUCUCCACAAGGCUCUCGCAGAAAUGUGGGAAAUCUCCAACUUGGAGUUUGCAAGCAAAGAACCCUUGAGAUUUUUAGGUGUUGAGAUAGGUGCUUGCGAGGGAGGUUUUUGGCUUUGCCAGUCUUCUUACAUAGAUGAACUGUUGAGAUCCCACAACAUCCCUUCCAGCAGCAAAGCAAAAAUCCCAGCACCGCGGGAGUGGUUGAACGUUGACCCAGACGGCCAACAGGAAAAUCCCUCUACGGCUGACGUGAGGUUGGCGCAAAGGUACGUUGGAGAACUGCUUUGGCUCUCGCAAAGAGCGAGGCCCGACCUUCAAUUUACUGUUGCAAUCGCGGCCAGCCUCGCCUUGCAUCAACCGAAACGCGUGGCUGCCAUAGCUAUGCGUACUCUGGCGUAUCUGCAAUCCACGCGUUUUUACCGGCUUCGUUGUGUGCCUACCACUGAAAGCGGUGCGGAUUUGGUGGCAUACAGUGAUGCAAGUUAUGCUCCAACCGGAGGAAAAAGCCACGGCUGCGCCGCCGUCUUUUUCAAUGACGUGGCAAUAUGUUGGAGGAGUUCGAGGCAACCUUUUACAACUCUUUCAACGGCAGAGUCAGAGUUAGUGGCAGCUUCGGAAGCUGCCCUCAUGCUGAUUUCCACGCAGGCUUUGUUGACCGAUGUUCUUCCAGAACAAGAGGCGCGUCUAUCCCUGAGGGUGGACAACAAGGCGGCGGUAUCCAUUUCCUCAGAGGGGAUGGGCUCGUGGCGCACCCGCCACCUCAAAAUCAGGUAUCAUUGGCUGCGUGAGAAGUUUUCCGAUGGGUCAAUAGGUAUGACCUUCGUUCCGGGUACCUUGCAACGUGCCGACAUCGGCACCAAGCCGCUGCCAGGAGACCGGUUAAAGGAACUUAUGAUCCAAUGGGGCUUUGUGGGGCCGGACGACGAACCUCCCUGUGCAGCGGUUGACGCGCCAGGAGAGGAUCCAAACCAGGAGCCUCCUAGAGAUGAGACUAUGCAGUUGAAGGCUAUCAGCGCUUGGCUGUGCGCAUUGACAGCAGCGUCCUGGCUUGGAGUUGGUGAAAGUGUGAAGCUGGAUGAUGAAACCAUGUGUCCAGUCGUCUGGGAACAGUCACAAGGGUCCAUGAAAGUUGACUAUUCCUUUGAGCUGUAUGCAUGCAUCAUUCUUGUCAUUGUGGGAUGGGAGUUGGUUAGGCGAGGCUUGAGCAAGCAGUUGCCCGUGAGCUCCGAGCUCACUUCAGUGCUUCUGGAGUACCGCCUCCGCCUCCGGCCGCAGCCUCAACAGUGA